GCUGUGCCCCUCCAAAGCGCGCGGAAACGUCCCCCCUCCCCCAUUGUUUCAAGACGGACAUAUCCUAGACAGCACUCGCGAGACCCUCCGACCAGUGAGCUGCCCCGCUUGCUUACUACCUAUCGCCAUUCUCUUUCCCCAUUCACAGAAGGUCGGGAUUUUCGAAGUUCAACAUGUCUUGCCAAUACUACCCCCCCGCCGACCUCGACGAGUUGGAAGAGGUUGCCACCGAGGCUACCGUAAGCCAGCAGAUUGAGGCUCUUCAAACCAUUGCCGACAUAUUCAACCAUCACCAACUCCCAUACGGUUUAAUGGGAGGCAUGAACUUUUAUCUCCGCGGCUCUGGUCGCACGACCGACGAUGUGGACUUGGCAGUGACCGGGUCCCAGAGCCUGCAAACGACCUUGGACUUCCUGGACCAUGACGAACGAGUCACUCGUCCGAGGAACAAGAUGUCCUGGAUGGGGGGUGUUGCCCGGACGUUUGUUAGGGUAGGGGAACAGCAAGUCCAGAUCGACCUCAAGUGGCAGAAAAGCGAGGGUCACGGUAUGCCGAUGGACCUCAACGCGGCAACCGAGCUCCGCCACAUUAUCCAAGGACACACCACCGCUGUCCGCUUUCUCAAGAUCGGCCCCUUGGUUAAGGCCAAAUUCCAGUCGUAUGGGAGAGGGAAACCGGGGGAUUACGCCGACCUUGUGUUUAUUUGCACGCAUCCUGGGUACAGGGAAGAGGUGAGGGAAGUGGCGGACGAGAUACGCAUGGAAAAGAGGGAAUUGUUUGUCCAGGAGUUACUGCAGACUCGUGUAGACGGGUGUGAGGAUAUUCGAUCUGUUUUGAGGGUCGACGGUGGCGAGGAGAAGGGGACUGACGAGGCUGGUGGAGAGUCGGAGCCUGACUCGGAGCAAGUUAAGUGAAGUGUGAUUGAGAAAUGUCUAUAACCUCGAAUGCUCGCACCAUAAGCUCAACAUCCCGUUCGGGUUCAUACUCCGUACCGAGGUAGUCCGGCUUCAGCUGGCGAGACCCUGGUCUUGGGCCAGGGACAUGUACGAAGUCGACAUCUCUGGAUGUCUCACGUGCUCCCACAACGAGCACAACCGGCUAACUCUCGGCAUGGCGCCAAGAAACAAG